GUCAGACGCUAAGUGGCCGAAAUCAUUAUUACCACCAUACACUCUCCACCAUUUGUGAUCGUCAACAACAACAUCUCUCAGAGCAGAUUCGGUGACAAGUUUGAGGGCAUCCUUGUCGACAUCAUCAGCAAGAUCGCAAAUCAGGCCAACUUCACGUACGACAUGCACGUGGUCUCCGACAAUAUGUACGGAUCUGAGGCCACUCCAGGACAAUGGAACGGCAUGAUCGGCGAGGUGAUGAACAACGUGAGUGGCGAGACAUUUGCUGCAGCUCCACUCACCAUAGCAUCCACAAGGGCUGGCGUCAUCACGUUUUCCCAGCCCAUCAUGGACGCCGGCAUCCGCAUCCUGUACAAGAAGCCCACGACGUCCACAUACAACCAGUCCUUCUCAUCCCUCCUCUCGCCCUUCACCACCGGGCUGUGGUUCAUGAUCCUCGCAUCCUUUGUCGUGGCAAGUCUCAUCUUCUUCGCUAUCGGAAAGCUUAGCCCGUACGAAGAACUUCAGGACAACCCCCACGUCGGCGACGACAUCCCCUCACCACCACGCUCGUCAACGCCUUCAUCUACACCAUCAGCUCCUUCAUGCACCAAGCAUUCGCACAAUCCCUUCAUGUCCUUCGACGAACUGUCCAAACAGACGGAAAUCAAAUACGGCACGUUGUCUAAAGGCUACACCAACUACUAUUUCUCCAAGUCAAAGAGACCCCUGGAACAACGGCUGUGGAAGAAGAUGUCAUCCGACGCCACGCUGCUUACAAGGUCCGUGAGCGAAGGCGUUGCUCGCGUCCGGCAGGGAAACUACGCUUUCAUCAUGGAAGGUCCGUCGGCGGAAUACUACGCCGGUCAAUAUCCUUGCGAUACCAUGGUCAUUGGACAACCCUUGGACGACAGAGCCUACGGAUUCGCUUGCGGGCAGAACAGUGAUGUGUGUACCCUACUCAAUCCCUACAUCCUGAGACUCAAGCAGAACAGUUAUCUGGCCAACAGGAAACGAAAAUGGAUGAAGAGUUAUCAAUGUAGCUUUGGAGGAAAGAAUGAAAUUAAGAUCCGUGGAAGUCCUGUGAUCGAUGUGUUCGGUAUUAGUGGUAUUCGGCUGGAGACCCAGUUGUCCUUCAAAAGGUUCUCUGCCGCUUUUUUCAUUCUCUUGGCCGGUGUUGUGCUCAGUUUGAUCGUUUUGGGAGGGGAGAUAUUUUAUGUUAGUAAAUUUGGUCUCCCUCAAAAGUAGUUUUUGAGAUAUUUCUUUAGUGUUAAUAAAUGGAUCUGUGCAGAUGAAGUUUGGUUGGUGAACUGUAUGUAAAUUUGAUCGUUUUGGGAGGGGAGAUUUGGUCUCCCUCAAAGAAAUUUUGAGAUAUUGCUUUCGUGUUAUAGGUGAUGUUCGGUUGGUGAAUUGUAUGUUCAUGUACGUUUGAUCGUUUUGGGAGGGGAGAUAUUUUAUGUCAGCAAAUUUGGUCUCCCUCAAAAGUAGAGUUUGAGAUAUUACUUUUCAUGUUAAUAAGAUGGGUUUGUGUGAGUGAGAGUGGGUUGAUAACUUAAAAACUAUAUGCUGAUCGUAUUUGGAUAGGAGAUAUCUUAUGUCAGUAAAUGUGGUCACUGUCAAAGGCAUUUUAUCAUUUAUAAAGAUUAAUUUGUAUAAAUAACAUGGGUUUCACAUGUCAAGAUAUGAAUGUCUUAUGGUGCUCAUUAGGGAGAUCAUUUAUCUCAAAAAAAUGCUCUCCGUCAAAAAUGGUAUCAACGGCGCAUUUUAAAAGUGAUUGUAUAGGAGAAAACAUUGUAAAGAGAGGACAGCGUGAGUGAAUUUUCUAAUAUUCUAGAUAUCUUCAUCACAUUUUAGGACGACUUGAUGGCCAAGUAAUCAUUUGUCACGCGUUUAAACGAUAAUUAGAAGUAUGACAUCAUUUUGACAGUUCUUCUUGAGACCAGCGCAGCUUGCUUGAGAACAUUCCUAACUUGGUGGGGCGGUGGGGGUAACCUAGUGGUUAAAGCUUUUGCACGUCACGCCGAAUACCACGGGUUCGAUUCCCCGUCGUGAUAUUACUGGAAUAUUGCUAAAGCGGCGUAAAACCAUACUCAUUCACUCACUCACACUCUUGGAAUGUCUGGCUUCUCUCAUACAAGACAUGACUGGUCUAAUCAACGUAUUCAAGUUCAUUUAUGCAUAUUUACCGGUUCGUUACAAAAUAUAUUACUAAAAUACUUGUACAGUCUCGCAUUUUCCGUAGGUGGUAGUUCAAUUGUAAUAAACAUACUAAUUCA